AUGGAUUCUGCUCAGAAAUCUGAUGCCCCUGAUCACUUUCCUGGUAGUGUUGCAAUUCAAAUUAAUGGUCUACAGGGGGGUCAAGCAGGAGACUCUCAAACACGAACUGAUCUUCAAAAUGCUUCAGGGAUGCCAAAUAUGCGCCCUGGAGUUGAAGAGCCAGCUUCAGCGACCGGUCAGACAUCCCUUGACAUUGGACCAGCUCCAGAACCUAACAAUGAUCAGGUGGGAAUCCCUACUCAGAGGGAGGGGCAAGGGCAAAUCUACCAACCAAAUCCAACAGGGUCACUCCUUGAGCUCAUGGCUGAAAUAAUUGUCUCUUUGGUGGAGAUUUUUAGCAAAGGCAAAGAUCCUCCGUCCCGCAAUGCAAAAAUCCUGAGUUACUUUGCCGUAGUAAGUAAUAUCAUCGGCUAUAUUUCUUUCUUUACUCGUAUGUUGAUGCAUGGACGCCAAGAAGGACUUACUACACGAAUUGUGACUGCGAUUGGAUAUGCUGGGGUGGCUUUUGGGUUCAUUGCACUCUUGGCCAUGCGGCUGCCAGACAGCAUCAAUCUGUGGAUUGCAUUAGGGGCUUGUGCAUUAUGCUUGUCUGCUUUAGCUGCGGCAAUCAAGGGAUGCUUCAAUCUCCCUGGAUAUAGAGUGCAGAAUUCUUGA